AUGAUCGCAACUCGAGCAUUUUCUUCCCCAGCUCGCCAAUGCUUGCGAAAAGGCUACCAGCAACCCGUCUGGGCACCAGCUUUCUCCCAGAUCCAGUCGAGAGGCUACGCCGAACAAGUUGCCAAGUUCAAGGGCCAGAAGGGAGAAGAUGGAAAAUACACUGUUUCGUUAAUAGAAGGAGAUGGUAUCGGCCCUGAGAUCUCUCAGUCAGUGAAAGACAUCUACCACGCUGCGAAGGUCCCUAUCAAGUGGGAAUCUGUUGAUGUCACCCCUCGACUGAGGGACGGCCGGACCGUCAUUCCAGAUGAGUCUAUCGAGUCCAUCAAGAGAAACUAUGUCGCUCUCAAGGGACCUCUUGCAACCCCCAUCGGCAAGGGCCAUGUCUCUCUCAACCUCACGCUCCGUCGUACCUUCAACCUGUUCGCAAAUGUCCGCCCCUGCCGAAGCAUCGAGGGCUACAAAACACCGUAUGACAACGUCGACACAGUUCUGAUCCGAGAAAAUACCGAAGGAGAGUAUAGCGGUAUUGAACAUGUGGUUGUGGACGGCGUUGUGCAGUCAAUCAAGCUCAUCACACGUCAAGCCUCAGAAAGAGUUCUGAGAUACGCAUUCCAAUAUGCAAGAGAUGUCAACAAGAAGAAGGUCCGCGUCGUCCACAAAGCUACGAUUAUGAAGAUGUCUGAUGGCCUCUUCCUGAGCACUGCCCGAGCCGUCUCCAAGGACUUUCCCGAUAUCGAGUUCGACGCUGAGCUCCUGGACAAUGCCUGCCUGAAGAUCACCACCGACCCAGGCCCAUACGCAGACAAGGUCCUCGUCAUGCCCAACCUGUACGGUGACAUUCUCUCUGACAUGUGCGCUGGACUGAUCGGCGGUCUCGGCUUGACGCCCUCUGGAAACAUCGGCGACGAGUGCUCCAUCUUCGAAGCUGUGCACGGCUCCGCGCCAGAUAUCGCAGGCAAGGCUCUCGCCAACCCCACCGCCCUGCUCCUCAGCAGUAUCAUGAUGUUAAGACAUAUGGGUCUCACCGAGUACGCCGAAAAGAUCGAGAAAGCCAUCUUCGCCACGCUCGCAGAAGGAAAGACCUUGACCGGUGACCUGGGCGGAAAGUCGAAAACCCACGAGUAUGCUGCUGCCAUAAUCUCGCACCUGUAA